AUGAUUUCUAGACCGACUCUUGCGAGGUCUGCGCAGCAGGCUCUCCGCAACUCGAGCUGUGCUCGCACAAUCUCGGGUCGCCGCUUCGCCAGCGCCUCUGCUGGUUCCGGCGCCUUCGAGACCUCCGAUGCUGCUGGUCUCAAGGUCGCUGCCAGAGAGUCUCAGGGCCCUACUACCAAGCUGGCUAUCGUAGCCAAGGCCGGUACCAGAUACCAGCCUCUUCCCGGUCUGGCCGCUGGUCUUGAGUCCUUUGCCUUCAAGAACACACAAAAGCGCUCUGGACUGCGCAUUAUCCGCGAAUCCGAACUCCUCGGCAGCCAAUUGACCGCUUACCACACCCGCGAAGCCCUUGUCCUCGAGGCCAGCUUCUUCCGCGAUGACCUUCCCUACUUCACGGAACUUCUCGCCGAGGUUGUCUCUGAGACCAAGUUCACCACGCACGAGUUCCACGAGGAGGUCCAGCCUGUCCUUCGCCUGAAGCAGUCUGGCGUCAGCGCUGCCGCCCAGGCUCUCGACAACGCCCACUCCGUCGCUUUCCACUCCGGCCUCGGCUCUCCCUUCAACCUGACGCCCUCGAUUCCCAUUAAGCCCUACCUGAGCGAGACCGCCGUUGCCGACUUCGCUGAUGCCGCCUACGCCAAGCCCAACAUUGCCCUGGUCGCCGACGGUGCCUCCGCCGCCAACGUCUCAAAGUGGGCUCAGCAGUUCUUCAAGCAGGUCCCCGCCGCCUCCUCUGGAAAGCUUUCCCUGAACUCCGCUGCCACCAAGUAUUUCGGUGGUGAGUCGCGUACCUACAGCGCCAACGGCAACGCCCUGGUCAUCGCCUUCCCCGGUGCCGUCAACGGCCAGGCCUCCCCCGAGCUCGCCGUUCUCGCUGCUCUGCUCGGCGGCAAGUCCAACAUCAAGUGGUCCCCUGGUUUCAGCUUGAUCUCCAAGGCUCUCGGCCCCGCCCCGGGCGUCUCUACUUCGACCACCAACUUCGCCUACUCUGAUGCUGGCCUCCUGGCCGUUCAGCUUUCCGGAUCUGCCGCCGGUAUCCGCAAGGCCGCUGAGGAGACCGUCAAGGCUCUCAAGACCAUCUCCGAGGGCGCCGUCAGCAAGGAGGACCUGACCAAGGCUAUUGCCAAGGCUAAGUUCGAGGCUCUGGAGGCCACCGAGAAGCGCAGCGGCAGCAUUCUGCUCGCCGGCUCUGGCCUCGUCCACAGCGGCAAGGCUAUCGACGCUGCUGAGUCCGCCAAGUCCGUCGAGUCUGUUACGGCUGAGAAGCUCAAGGCGGCGGCGAAGACGAUUCUGGAUGGCAAGGCUAGUGUUGCUGCGGUUGGUGAUCUGUACGCUCUGCCGUACGCUGAGGAGCUUGGCCUUCGUGUGUAA